AUGUCGGCGGAUAAUCCAGAAAAAGCCAUUGAAGUCAUAGCAUCUUUUAAAUGGUCAACGGCAAAUUCAACCGGAGUUAAUAAUCAACCAACAAAAGGGGUUUUACCAGCUAAUUUAAUAGCAUCAUCAAUUAUCCCGAGAGAAAUAGCACCACCACCUGACAUAAGUUCAUCAGCUGUUUUAUCAGGGUCUAGUUCUGGUAGUGUAAUGUCAACGUGUCCAAAAGAUAAUCAUUUAGCUGUUGUUCCGACAGAAUUGUUAAAAACUUUUACGCAAUUAUUAACAACUCCAAUUAAAUUUCGAACUGUUGAACUUCCUUUUAAAUUAUCUCUAUUGGUAGUAGAGGGUUCUCAUUGUUCGUCUUUACUGGGUGUAUCCGAAUUGGAAAAUAUUGAGGGAUUAGAGAGGGAAUUAUUAAAGGUUAGAUUAACGAUUACUGAAAAAAAUCAAGAA